CACGUGGGGCAUGUUACCUUCUUACCACCACAAUCCCAGGGACCUUUGCAUCCUUCUUCUGCUUGAUAUGUACCUCCCGACUCUCAAGAAAUUCAUUGGGACGAUUCUUGACGAACAAUAAUCGGUCAACGCCCCAGGGCUACGAAAAUUAGUGGCCGACCAUUGAUCACGCUAUCUGCGUUUCACUCUGAAGAAGGAAAGGGGAUCCACUGUAUCGUGUAUUGGGAGAAGAAACUUUCAAAGUUAUAUUGGGCAGGAGGACGCGUCAAGGUCAAACGAGAGAGUCAAGCAAGGCUACCGUUUCUUUGCCUCGUUCUCUCCAAGUCUCUACCUCCUCCUCCUGUAGCCUGACCAGCCCGUCGUGUCAGACGCGUCCCAUGAACCGUAACUUGACUUUACGAAACCUCGACCCGGGCUUUCACGCUGAAAGGAUGGCGUUUCCUGCGAAAAUUAUCUACGGGACGGCUUGGAAGAUGGAGAGAACCACUGACCUAGUCGUCUCGGCUGUUCUGAACGGGUUCAAAGCCAUUGAUACAGCGUGCCAACCCAAGCAUUAUCGGGAGGAUCUUGUUGGCAAUGCACUGCAAGUGCUGAAAGAAGUACAUGGAAUCGAACGCGAUCAGCUUUUCAUCCAAACAAAAUUCACAUCUAUUGAUGGCCAAGACCGUUCUAAGCCACUCCCGUAUAAUCCCGCUGCCACCAUUCCGGAGCAGGUCAGGACCUCUUUUGAGAAAUCCUUGGCCAACCUGCGUACGGCCUACGUUGACAGCUACUUAUUGCACUCGCCGCUCCGAACAGUACGACAAACGUUGGAGGCUUGGAAGGUGCUGAUCAAACUUCAGGACGAAGGCAAAGUACGCAUGAUUGGUGUUAGCAACACUUAUGACGUUGGGAUACUUAGAACUCUGGGACAAGAGAGACAAGUCCAGGUGGUACAAAAUAGGUGGUACGAAGGAAAUGCAUGGGAUCAAGAUGUGGUGCGGUAUUGUAAGACGAACGGGGUGAUGUAUCAAUCAUUCUGGACGCUGACGGGUUCACCUUCUCUCUUGUCGCACCCGUCCAUUCUGGCUCUUUCUGCAGCCUCAGCUAUGACACCUGCGCAGGUCCUAUAUGGUAUAGUGCAGAAGGGUGGUAUUUUGCCGCUUUCUGGUACCACAAGUGAGAUACAUAUGAAGGAAGACGUAGCGGUGGAGAGCUCGGACCUUGUUAGUGAUGACAAGCUCCGAAGUCACGUCGACGUUAUCAAGCGAUUGGUGGGGCUGGAGUUGUGAAUGAUAGCCGGCAGUUGUAAGAUCAGUGAAUGCGAGGGAAGAUAACAUCUACUUUAAGUUUCUGUCAUUAGGCAGUUUUCAUUCCAAUUGUUUCCACCUUGUUACGGUCCUACGAUCCCUUUUGCA